UCAAAGUCGAAUAGAAGCCAUGGGAAGUCAAAGCGUGCUGCGGAACUUUAUACUCUUUGGUCUCUUGGCCAGCGGCCAGCUGCAGAUUCCAGUCGUCGAAAUCGAUAACUACAUGGACGACGAAAUUCUUCACUUGCUUGAACUGAUCACAACCCUGCAGAAUUUCAUGGGAUUUUACUGUGGCAUAACAUACACUGGCAACAUUGAUCUCCGACCAUCGCUUGAGCGUCGUUUAAUGGAUACAUUUUCAUUCCCAGUUUAUACUGUUCGAUCUGAUAUGGGUCCUGUAAAACACCAUUACCAGAAAGCUGAAAAUUUGGUAGUGGUUCUCUUUAAGGGACUGGAUGAUCCAACACUCUCUGCUCUCAACGACACGGAGCUUACCCAUGGCCAGGAGUUGUUCAUCCUGGUGCAUGCCUCAUCGGCUGAUGAUGAAAAUCGUUUUGAAGUCGAUUCCAUUCGGAAGUUAUUCAGUUUUUUCUGGAAAUUGUCCUUCGAUCGCACAUUGCUUAUUGUUAGAGGCAAAACCAAGAUGGAGUUGUGGUCAUAUUAUUUUUUGGGAGAACUUUACGUAGUGAAACUCCAGGGAUCUGAUUUAUUUUUGGAAAAUAUUCGAAAAAAUAACUACAGGUUUCUCGUUCAUGUUGUUGAUGAUCCUCCAAAUAUCUUUUGGUACAACUCAUCGGAACUAGCGGAUGUGACUGGCGGUGGCAAUAUUAGUAUGUCCGGCCCCAUUGGUCUGAUGAUGAUUGAAUUUAUGCGUCAGCUAAAUGUGACUAUGGAUAUCAUUCCGGUCCCAGGUCAACAGACAUCUAAGUAUGAAGUCUUUCAACAGCCAAGAGAACGGAGAGUGGAUGUGGUGGCCAAUAUGGUGAUCAACGACAAUCUUACAUAUAGUCCCAUUGUUGCAGAGUUUCAGCUCUGUGUUGCGGUCCCAAAUCGAAGGAGCAUUCCGUUAAGGCGAUUCAUGGACAAAGUGAUUAGCCCCGAAGUUCAUUUAUUAUUUUUUUUAUCGAGUAUUUGCGUUAUUGUUGUCAAGUUCUUUUCUCAUCGCCGUCGAUCAAUACUGAACCCGUUCUUCAAUACAUUUAGAUUUUUCUUAGCUCUUCCCCUACCCAGUGGUAGGUUGGAUCGAUUGCCCAUGUCCGAUAAGUUACUAGAAGUGUAUACAUUUUUUAUCGUUGGACUUUUUGUAAGUGCGAAUAUAUCGGUACUUUCCACGAUCUUGACAACUGGUCUUUGGGAGCCAGAGAUUACAAACGUCGAAACUAUGCGUGCUAGUGGUCUAAAGAUACUCACAGACGAUCCAACAGUACCGCCGGCUUUCAAUGAUGACAUUCUGCCCAGUUCAUUGGCUGAUCAGGUGCAACUUGUCGACCAGCAGACUUUAUUCCAUUUACUUACCACCCUAAACGAUAGUUUCGCCUAUGUGGUUAAAACGCCCAAUUGGCGAUCCUUUCGGCUAUAUCAGCAAAGAAUGGAGAGGGAAGCUUUGACGAUCGCUGGGGAAGAACUCUGCUCUACGAUGCAACCCAUGCGAAUGCCCAUUAAUCCCAAGUCCCCAAUAAGGUUUCUUUUUAAAGAUUUUUUCACUAGGGCUUUCGAGGCUGGUCUUUACCAAAAGUGGGUAAAGUUGGGUUUUAAAAAGUUUCGAGAAAUUAAAGGCUUAGAAAAAUUGCCUGUAGACAACAAGAUAAAUUGGAUUCCGCUACCAUUGGAAACCUAUGUAUUUGCCAUUAGGACUUACCUUGGCCUUAUGGCGGCUAGUACAGUGGUGUUUAUUAUUGAAUUGCUAUACAAGAGAUAUGAGCUUUACAAGGAAAGGCUUGCAAUUUGAAUUUGUAAUUUUGAAUGUUAAUUUUUAAUACUCUUGGAGAACGAAAACUAACUGAAUACUUGGUUAAUAGUACUACUUAUUUGUCUACUUAAUAAUGAUUGCUUGUGUAAUGUGUGCAUUUUGUAAAUCAUAUUGAAAUAAAUACAUCACCGCUUGUGCUUUUUUUAGGCA